GGGCCUCCAAGAUGGCGGUGUGCGUGGCGGUGAUCGCUAAGGAGUGAUGCUCCGUGCAGACAAGAGAUAAACCUCAAGAUUGACUGGGUUCCCCAAAGACACUGCCUGCAGCACUUUGGAGGACAUCCCCACCGAGAAUGAGCUGAAGUUCCACUACAUGGUGCAUACAUCCCUGGACGUGGUGGACGAGAAGAUCUCUGCCAUGGGGAAGGCCUUGGUGGACCAGAGGGAGCUCUACCUGGGCCUGCUGUACCCCACAGAGGACUACAAGGUGUAUGGCUACGUGACCAACUCCAAGGUGAAGUUUGUCAUGGUGGUGGAUUCCUCCAACACAGCGCUUCGGGACAACGAGAUCCGCAGUAUGUUCCGGAAGCUGCACAAUUCCUACACAGAUGUGAUGUGCAAUCCCUUCUACAACCCCGGGGACCACAUUCAGUCCAGGGCCUUCGACAGCAUGGUGACGUCCAUGAUGAUCCAGGUGUGCUGAGCGAGGUCGCUGCUGCCGUGCUGGAGGAGAGGCCCUGUGGGCAUAACUGUACUGCCCAGAGGGAGAUUCAUGAUCAUUUGCCUAUUCCCCAGCGCCACAGACGGGCUGCCUGGGGGCAAGGUCUCAGGCACGGUGCGUGCAGACUAAAGGUCCUCUGAGAUUGCAUUUGGCGUUUUCCUUGUGUCAGCAGAGAGUUUAACUGAAGAGUGUAGCGCGGGCCUCUCCAGGAUGGCGCACUGCUCGGGGACCAGACAGAGCAGGGAGGCACGAAGGGACAGGGAGGGGAGGUGGGAGAGCCCACGGAGCUUCGGGCCCUAAAGAUGCUGCAGUUGCAGGGGGAGCAGAGGGAGGUGCAGAGGGACUUGUGGGUGGGUCUCUGCUCCAGAGGCUGACCUGGCCAGAGCCAGAUCUAGAGGGCCCUCCUUCCCCCCUCCCCAUACAGCCCACACACCUCCCCCUGCACUGCAGGGAGGGGCCUUCAUGUCUCCAGUCUUGCGCCUGGCCUCAGGAGCACCCCUUACAGCGCCAGGGAGCUUUGACUCGGCUCGUAGGUUGCCUCUGGCUUGCCGAGGAUGGAGUGAGCAGUCCCAGAGGCCUCUUCCUCGGGGUGCACCUGGCAGUUCCUCACGGCCCGAGGGCCAGGCUGGGUUAGAGGAGUCCCCGCUCACUUGCUGCCCCCGCAGGCCCCCGAGCUGGCGGGGGGAGGGGUCACAUGUGGGAUGGAGCUGGCGUGAUUGGAUUUCUGCACUCUGCCUCCCCGGAGGCCUGCUCGGCCAAGUCCAGGUGACAGUGCCUUCUGGGAUCAGCUGGCCCAGGCUCUAGUACCCUUUAUCAUUUGUUUGGCACACUGGCUUUGAGUCUCGGCCCCAAGACAGCUGCGAAUCCCUCCCUCCCCUUUCCAGCACGCCAGAGAAGGCCUCUGACAGGAGGAGGGCAGCUUCGGGGCCCCUGGGCAACAGGGAAGGCUGCUGGCGCCAGGAUGAGACUUGCACACCUCUGCACUGCCUUCCCUUCCCCUCUGAGGAACACGGGAGUCGUGUUCAAAAUCAGAGAAGUAGAGGGAGAACUCAGUCAGGAGUGGGUACUAAACACAGGUCCCAGCACACCACCUCCCGCGGCAGGUGGAACACCUAGGGUGGGACUGAGAGGCACCGACCACCGGGCGCUGGUUCAGAUGCCACCCACACACCUCCGGUUGAGCUUCGGUGGUAAUUGUUCCUGCCUGAGUGGUGGCUGUGGGGGGGCCUGCAAGUUGCCAGCUUGCUGCUUUGCUAACAAAGGCCCAGUGUUACUGGCUACAGUUGACUAGACUCUCCGUAGCACACAAGGGUAGGUAGUUAUGGCAUGAAAGUGGAUGGUGUUGGGAGAGACUUGCAGGAAAGAUACUUUGAAGGGGGAUUCAGCUAGCGGAUGGAGUACCCUUCCCUCAUCUUUUCCCUUCUGGAUCUUGGAUGUGAUGGCUGGAGCUAAGGCAGCCCUCUUGAAAGCAUGAGGAAAAGCUUUAUCUCCUAAGGAUGGGGAGCAGAAAGCUAGAAGGAAGAUGGGUUUUGCUGACAUAGGCCAGGACUUUUUAUAGUCAGCA